UUAUGACCUAUACGUAUGUACAUACGUGGUUGUAAUUCACUGCAGGUAUUUGAACUUUGAACAUCUUAGAAAAAAAGGAAAUAUUUAUAAAAUAGUUCAAGCUAAAUGAUAAUAAUAAGGGAUAAAAGGCAAAAAUUAAUACGAAGAUACGAUAUAUAUACGAUAUAUAUGCAUGUAUGUAUACAUAUAUACACGUAUAUAUAUAUUCACAAAAGUUCCGUAAGGUAUUUCUUUAUAUGCUAUACACUGCACUGCACUUGUAUGUGACAAUGUUUUAUUGUUGUUAACAUACUUGUUCUUCCGUUAGUCACUUUUAUAUAUGGUAAUAUAGAUAUAAAUAUAUACAUAUACAUAUUUAUAUAUAUUAUUCAUAUGUAUAUACCAUAUAUUUUGUUACUGUAACAUGUAUCAUAGAUUAUGCGGAUAAUGCAGAUCGUUGGACAAUACAAUAAUUACACUGCCAUAUUGUAUUGGUUAUGCUGUCAAGACAACAAUUUUUCCAUUUUAAUAUAUAUAUUAAAAUUGAAAAUAUAUAUAUAUAUUAUUUUUCUUUUUCCUUUUGGGUCACAUAAAUUAUGUAUCUCGAAACGUAAGAUUUCCUGGCAAGAAAUCUACAGCGUAACACGCACCGUGAAGAAAGUGUCGUGCAGUCUUGGCGUAUAAUAUGCCUGAUGUUUAGAUAGUUGUGUUUUUACAGAUGUAGAUAUAUACCUGUUUUGUGUAUACAGUUAUUUUAUUAAUUAUUAUUAUUAUUAUACUAUAUUAUUAUUAUUAUAUUUGAAUAAAUAAUCAAUUGAUUUACAGUAACAUAUAAAAUUUAAUCUUUCCUAUUUCAUUUAUUAAGUACACAAAUUGUAGAAUAAUUACAAAAAAAAAAAAUUUCUACCACUCUUCUGGAAUAAUGUGUUCUUAUCAAGUGAAAAUUCAAUUAUAGUGUAAUUAAGUUCGUACGCUGCAUUAUAAUGAAAAAUAUUAUCGGAUAUUCAAUUUCAUGCCAAUUUACAUAAUUGAAAAUAGAUCGACGAUGUAACGUGAGACGCGUAUAUGCGAAUACAUGGUUCUAUUUUUAUAACUAUAAUUUUUUUUUGUCUUUCAUCGCACAUACGUAUGUGAAUUUUAUAAUAAAACUGUCUGACGAUGAUGGUAUACUGUUAUAUGUAAUAAUGCUAACAAUAUGCCAUUCGCGUCAAACCUUCUUCCUCAUAAUCAUUAAUUUAUGCCGAUUCAAUGUAAACAAUUAUUACGAAUCGAUCCGGAUGUGUCCGUAUAAAUUGUGUUCAGUAAAAAUUCUGUGACGAUUGUUGUAAGGUAAUUUGAGAUUACUAUUGGUGGUGGUGGUGGUUACGUAACUUUUAUAUCGAUUCAUUCAAAUAUAUAGGACCAACGCGUCCAAUGGCGGAGCUGCUUGAAUUGCGUAAUCUUGAAAAAUGAAAAUAAAAAAAUACCAAAAAGGAGGAAAAAAUCGGUUGAACAACAAUAAAUAUAUCAGGAUCGUGUUUAUAUAAUAAUUGUUGGCGUGCCGGCGCCUCGGCUACUAACACCGGCGAUACUUUCUUGCGAUUAAAACUCGUCGGUUCUUUUAUUCUUUUCCUUUAUUUCUCAAACAGGAAUAAUGUGUAAAAAAUCGACGGAUAGCAAGACUUGCGAAUUCUGCAUCAUCGUGGAGAAUUUAACUCGAUAUUAUCGAGAUGUUUAAAAUUUUUUUUACCCAAUUUUUGAUACCUAGAAAUCACGUGCGUACUGCAUAAUUAAUGACAAGGAAAAAACUCGUUCCUUGUAAAGAAAAACUACGUGACAAGAUGAGAAUUUUGGAAAUUAACGACUGUAAAAUGGUGGGACUAAUGAUGUUACCAAAGUAUAAUAAAACUUAUGACGGUGCAGAUAUUCAGUGAAAGGAAGAUGCACGAGUAUAUGGAAUGUAGACACGUUCCAUCCAUCGUACAUUUGUAUAAUAUCAUAUAACAUGAUUAUUAAUAAUUGCCUUAUAAUUGAAUAGUUCGUAGAUUUUUUUUUACGUAUUACGAGUAGCAACAUUAAAUAGAUUUUUGAUCAUCUCGUGAUCUAAUGAUAAAAAGAUCGCCUGGGAAUAAUGAGAUUGAAUGUAUAUUGUGUAGCCGCGGGGAUUUUCUCGUCUGUGGAUGAACAGUAGAAUGUUUUAAUGAAUCUCUGAAAUGCCACGUCACACUAGUUAUCAAAGUUGCAUUCCUCAUAGCAGCUGCUCUCAGCUUCUGUUUGCUGUUAGGGCAGGUUCGCAACUUGUUUGAUUUUAUAUGAUAGUAUGGGCAAAUGGAUACGGAAUUGAAUUCCUGCAAGUCGCGUUGUGCAGGUAGUUCAGUACAGGAAUUGUAUUCUAUUUCAGAGUAUUUUUAAAAAUAGACAUAUUCACGGAAUCAGGUCCGUCUGUCUCUUAGAAAAUACACUCCUAAUUUAUCGUCCAUUAUUACCUAACAACAAAACGGAUUUUACGGUGCAGACGUGACUUCUAACAGGCACCGUCGAGCCCCCGGCAAGCCUCGAAGAGGAGCUAAGAAUUCAGAAACGGCCUCGAAUGUUGUUUGCCACGAUAUUUUAUACCCUACCCGCCAACUCCCUGCUACUGCAGCAAAUAUACAACCGUCAAACUCGUCGUUGGGCUAUGAGAAACUCUGAGUCGUCGCGUCAACAUCGUAGAGUACAGAACGCAACGAAAUUUGUAAUCGCGAAUGCCACGUACUUAUUUUAUGGAUAAAGUUUUUAUAUCUUUCAAAUACCAUUCGACUGAAUUAGUGUGCGCCGAUUUGGUGAACGGUUAUCGGUUUUCGAUUAUUUAUACUAAAAUUGACCCCAUCAUAAUCUGAGUUAUUUGUAACCGGUAAAGAAUUGAAAAAAAUAUACUUCAUCGCUGCUAAAGCGGAUUAUAAUAAAUUGUAUUAUGAAAAUAAUAGCGGUUAUAAUCAAUAAGUGAUUUCCGUUAAUUAUAAUUAUCAAUUAUCAUACGGGAUUUAUAAGAGGAAAUUAAUUUAUGUGAAAAAUAAAUAGAACGCGUAUAAUUUGUAUGAACGAUCAGUAAUCCUAGUGCGCAUAAAUAAUUUUCAAGUCUCAUUCCUUACUAAUAAUGUUACAGCUGACACAAACGCAACUGUGAAAUAACUGAACUGUCGUAGAUUAGUUUUUAUGGUGUGAUAAAUAAUGUCAAGCUCAUUUUUGACGUUUCACUGAUAAAAUCCAUUGCAAUCAUCAAAAGUUGAAUGACAAGUUCCCAGUCUUCAUGGAUCACUGUAUUGAAUUACUGGAAAUUAAGAAAUACUUUUCUCAUACUUUCGAAGCAAGUUUAGAUUGAAUUUAAAAUUUUGAACGCGAUAUUCUUUUUUUUUUUGAUAUUUGAUGGAAGCCGCGCAGAACUUGGUGCGCAGUGGCUCUCCUUUCACGCGUGGGAGUGGUUUGCGGUCAGUGCAAGAAAUUUCAACGUGACAGUUUUUUUUUGACAUAUCACUGGCAGUACAGGAAUAACAGAAGACAAUACAUCGGAUUUAAAAGGCGUUAAUUUUACGUGUUUUAGUUUGUCGUAAACUGUGUUUAAAAUCUCACUUCAAGCCACGUAGGCACCGAAGUAGGUACGACAUUUUAAAAAUCUGGUUUUAGCCAGCAGCAGUCAGUAGACCCUUGGAAAUGUUACGACGUGAUUUCCACGUUACCAUUGACUCUGUGAUGUGUCAUUUAAAAUGCAGAUGUGUUUAGAUCGUUGUGGCAGUAUUCCCAACAACAUGUCCAAUGUUCAGUUAAACAUGCAAGAUAAAAAAGACUUGGACAAAUUCACUAAGUUUCUCGCUCUAAAGGCCGCGCAAAUAAUCGUUCAAUCGAGGUUAGGUGAGAAAGUCAACACCAAAUGCAAACCAAAUUCUUCUGGAACUGAUUGGUUCAACCUAGCGAUCCAAGACCUACCGGAAGUAUUAACAGAAGCAAAGAGGGCUCUUUGCGGUGAAAUAGUGAAUUCAAGAAUUCCUCUGUGCGUUGAAAUUUCUCUACGCACAAUAGAAGGAGACACAAUGGUCCUUGAAACAUGGAGUCUAGGUGUUUUGCCGGAGCAAAGCGAUCCUGCUGUUAGAGUAACUUACACUGUCUAUAACAGAAUGGGUAUCCUUCUGAAAUCUUUGCUCUCGGUGACCAGGGUGACGCCGGCUUAUAAAUUAAGUCGGAGACAAGGGCCUGAUUCAUAUGUUAUUUGCUAUCGGAUUUACAUGGGAGAACCACAGCUUCACACUUUGGGUGAUAACUAUAAGCAUGUCAGAGUUGGCCAGCUUUACACUCCCGUGGGGACUAUACAUUUGUCCGUAUCUUAUAGGACAAAAAUGACAAUUUCUCCCACCCAGACUGGUCGGGAUUCUAUCAUGUUGAAGAGUGAUCACUUUCACUCUGAUCUUAGCCCAAGACACGCCCGCUACCAGCAGAGUGAGGAAAACAACACUUCCUUAAGCGAUACCAUUAAAGUUGGAGCAUUUGCUGGCAACAAACCUGUAACUGUCAUCGAGGAGGACUUGGUCAUCCCAGAUGUUCCGUUCAGUUCUCUAUUGACUCCCCGUCAAACUUCACCUCCUCCUGCCCCACAAACAGAACCAACAAAUGUGCCAGUUUCGGGAUCUGUACCACAAAGUGAUAACAUCAACGGCAAUACUGAAAAAACAUUGAAUGGCAAUUCAACUCCGAAAUGUAAUUCACAGAAUGGAUCGAGACGAAGCAGCUGUUCGAUGACGAGUGCAAACGACGAUUUCAUUAUGGUAGACUUGAAAACUCCGUUCGCUGGUACGAAUACUAACAGUGAUCUCGGCACGUUUUAUCGUGAGUGUCAAAGCGCGCCUCAGCUUCAAGCUUUCACCGAAGAAAGGACGCUGGCGGAGCAAGUCGGUGAUCUUACACAGCAGCUAGAAACAUUUGAAACUAAUAUGCAUCAGUACGAAGAUAUUUUAUCGUCGUUGUGUCAAACGGAAAAUAACAAUUAAAAUUAUUAUUAUAAUUAAAUUUAAGGAGUAAAAAAAGUUAGAAUAUCCAUAGUAAUUCUUGGUCCCGUUAACUUCCACAAGUAAUUACGCUAUAAUUCAAAAUAUUUCAAUCUAUUCCUAUUGUGGUUAUCAUCCAGUCCACAACUUAAUUUAUGAAGAGUUUUCACUUUGAUGAAAGUUAUUGGUUUCAUGCGUUAAUAUCACAAUAUGUCAAUUUCGGACUUAUGGAAUUUUUGGAAUCUACUAUCACAGCAAUUCUAAGAUACAGCUUCAUUUCAGCGAUAAUUUACAUCUACGAUCUACCUAAAUCUGAAUAAUCUAAUAGGAGGCCUAGACUUUUGGUGAGUUUCUGAUAAAAAAAAUCAUUUCUAUUAAACUUGUCAGUCGGAUAACAGGUUUGAAAUUGACAAAAGGGAUUUAAAAAAAUCGUAUAAACAUAUACAUACAUAUAACAAAUCGUUAUUUCUGAUCUUUGACUAGCAAAAUGACGAAAUUGAAAUUGUUUGUACAAAAUAUCAAAAGGUUUAUGAUAACUGGAUCAUAAUACGUGAGUAAUAAUUGGAGUGCGGACACUAUGAGGUAAACGGUUUUCGUCAAGAAGAAGUUUUUUAUUUAUUAACUUGAAAAUAAAUAAGGGAAAAAUUUCCCUUAUCACGAAGUCACCUUCCUUUUUUUUAUCUAUAUAUUUUUUUUUCAUUUGAUACGUCAUAUUUAUCCUACCGGUCACUACCAGCCAACCGCUUUCGUAAUUCUUGAAUGAAAUUAUUUUACUUUUUUUCGUGCGAUGGAAGAAAAAAAAAAGAACAACCCCAGCUGUGUUAUUGCUUGUUAAAAAGCUAUUUAUUUUUCUACUGUAUUAUUUAAUUAUUUUUUUUGGUCGUUUUUAACUUUCCUUCUCGUCAUAAAUUAUUGCUGUACAUAGUAUGAUAAUGUAAUUUAUGUUGUAAAUGAUAUAUAUUUCGAGCAGGUGAUUUUUGUAAUCGCGUUAAAAUAAUAUUGUAAAUUAAUUUUUAAUCAAAUUUUUUACAAAACAAUAAUCUCUUUGCGUGACCAGUCAGUGGUUGAUUAUGAAAUAUACAAUAAACGCGGAUAACUAUCUAGUAUUCAUGUUUAAUAAGAGGUUAUCACAAAGAUAAAAAUGGUAAUCUGUAAAUAUAUACAUAUAAAUAAACGUCAAGUGGAUAAAGUUAUUCUUUCAUCGGAUUCAGAGAAUUCGAAAAUCAUUGUUAGUGUUUGAUGGCAGAAAUAUCUUCUCCAUCAUCAUUAUAAACUGUUCUAUAGUCGAUAAAGUGAAUCGAUUAUUCAAUUGAAACUGAUUAAUUGAAUUAGGAAAUAACAUUUCAUAUAAAAGCCGGCAUUGACUGAAUAUAUUAUACAUAUAUUACACGAAUAUUGUUACAUAUGCAUCAGUUAAGUAAGACUGUUAAUGAAACAUAAGAAUAUUGCUUUUUCAGCUUUAACUUAUCGUUGGAUUGAUGUAACCCGAUAGCGCCAUGAAAUAGAAAUAGAAUUGCUGGUUUACAAUUAACGCAUCGACGUAAACAUCAAUGUUUACAAAUGCACGUCAAAUUAUGAGUUGUUUUUCAUAACCGAUAUGCGAUAUCUGCAGAUUUAAAUAGUUAUUGCUUUUCGUUCAGAUUUUUUUUCAAGUGUCCCUUCUCUCAAAUUUCGAUUAUCUAGAUACAUGAUAAGGAUGAAUGAUAUUCGUAGAUUGUAAUUUGAAUCUGACAUCGAUGGGCAUUUUUCCUUUCAACUAUACACCAUGAUUACUGCCCGAUAUUUAAUCAAUACAUUUCACACAAAGUUACGCUAGAUGAUGUUUAUUUCUAUUCAAUUUAUGAAAAUUAAGAUUAUAAAUUAUAUAUUAUUUUACACGUGUGUCAUUAUCCUGAUUAUCGAUUACGGUUCUCGUUGUUUAUCACUACCAUGAGUACAACCAAUAAAUGCUUCGCAAAUGUUGCUU